CAGAAAUAGAAUAAAAAUUCCACCUCGAGCAGCCUCGUUCGCUGCUCGUUGGCCUUUCCUGCCUCCGGGCGGCAAGAUCCAAGCCCCCCAACCGCCAGCAAAUCUCUCGCGUAUCGCGAGAACAAGAACAAGAGCAAAUCCCCCCCUCCCUCACUCGCAUCCGCUUGCUCGCCCGGCGGCUGCCACUCGCAUCAGAUCGAGGCAGCUAACUCGUCUUAUAUAAACCACUCCGCUCGGUCCGAUUCAGCUUCCCCUCCUCCCCGUUCCCCGUCGAUAAAACCGAUGCAUCGCGCCGCCUCGCAAACCCUAACGGCGGCGGGAGGAGGACGAGGAGAAAGCUGCAGCGCGUGAGGGUUGGGGUCCGGUCCAGUCCGCCGCGAUGCCGUGGCUCGAGAUGUGGCUGCCUCCCGCGGCGGGGGAGGGGGCGGUGGCGGCGGGGCUGUUCCUCGACGCCGGCGACGCGGCGGCGCACGGCGCGCUCCUCGCGGCGAUGCCCGGCUGCUCGGUCUCGUUCGGGACCCGGUCACGGCGGCGGCGGGGGGCGCCGCCUGGGUUCCUGUCGCUGACGAUGUCGGUGAAGGGGGGCAGGGGGUUCGUGCCGGGCUCGGUGGGGCUGCUCGCGGGCGCGGAGGAGAAGGGCGGGACGGAGGAGGCGGAGGCGCUGGUCGCGGGGAAAAAGGCGGUGGAGGAGGUCGCGGUUGCGGAGGGGAACGCGCUACUGCUGCAGGAGAAGGAUGCUCGUGCUGGAGCUGGCGCGCUGAACAUGACCAAGCAUCUCUGGGCUGGAGCUGUCGCUGCCAUGGUGUCUAGAACAGUUGUUGCUCCUCUUGAGAGGCUAAAGUUGGAGUAUAUAGUUCGUGGGGAGCAGAGGAAUCUAUUUGAGCUUAUGCAUGCUAUUGCAACAACACAAGGGUUGAAAGGAUUUUGGAAAGGGAACUUUGUCAAUAUUCUCCGCACUGCUCCAUUCAAGGCAGUCAACUUCUAUGCAUAUGACACUUACAGAAAGCAACUGCUUAAAUGGUCUGGUAAUGAAGAAACUACAAACUUUGAGAGAUUUAUUGCUGGUGCUUUUGCCGGUGUAACAGCAACGCUGAUGUGCAUACCAAUGGAUACAAUUAGGACAAGGAUGGUAGCUCCUGGGGGUGAAGCUUUGGGUGGGGUUAUAGGUGUUGCCCGUCACAUGAUUCAAACUGAAGGAUUCUUCUCUCUGUAUAAGGGAUUAGUGCCUUCCCUUAUCAGCAUGGCACCCUCUGGCGCUGUAUUUUACGGAGUGUAUGACAUAUUGAAGAUGGCUUAUCUGCAUUCGCCUGAGGGAAAGAAGAGGGUAUCGAUGAUGAAGCAACAAAAACAAGAGGCAAAUGCAUUAGACCAACUUGAGCUGGGUACUGUCAGGACCUUACUCUAUGGGGCCAUUGCUGGUUGUUGUGCUGAAGCCGCUACGUACCCAUUUGAAGUAGUUCGGAGGCAGCUACAGAUGCAAGUAAAAGCAACAAGAAUGAAUGCAUUUGCAACAUGCCUUAAAAUUGUUGAUCAAGGUGGAGUACCAGCACUUUAUGCUGGCCUGAUUCCCAGCUUGCUACAGGUUUUGCCAUCGGCGUCAAUAAGCUAUUUUGUUUACGAGUUGAUGAAGAUAGUCCUGAAAGUGGAGUAAUGCAAAUUAUUUCUUGAGCUUACCAAGCAAGUCCAAAGGGGCUCAGCUCACAUCACCUUGAUGAAAAUCCAAAAAUCAGUACCUUAUCAGUAAAUUUAGCAUCUAUUUUUCCGGUAGCCUUGCUCGUGAAAGCUUCAGAUGCGCAGAGGAUAGCUUCACGCUGGUAAAAGUAUUACUCAUCUUGAGGUAUGCACCACUAAUCCACAAGAUCGUACACGGUGAGGUUCUGCUCAGCAUCGGAUCCAAUCGCUUAUUCAUAGAGGAUUGUUCUAUGCCCCAGAGCAGACAUCUGGGCCUCCUCGCCCAAGUUCAAUUGACAAAAUUUUCCACUCUUAAUCUUUGAUGUAUUGACAUAUUGACUGCAUUCAGAGUGAAAUUUGGGAGAUUCUUGUUCUGACCCUGGCCCAUGCGGCCAUGCUUUGACUA